AUGCAACCCACAAACAGCCUAGCUUCGCUCUCGGCUUCGCUCGGUCGACUGCGUCUACAGGUAGAAGACCUCAAAAUCUGCUCCGGUUUCGAUGCCCAACGAAUCACACUCCUUAUGCAACUUGCCGAGCAAAUUGAUGGCGAACUUAUGCGAUGGCCAGACUAUGUUCCUCCAAGCUGUCAACCAAAAAAGGCGGUCCGAGACUUUUAUCCGAACUAUCCAGGCUGGGAAGAUAUAUACCCAUCGCUAGCUGUAGCGCAAGAUUGGAAUCACUACAGGUACUUGAGGAUUAUGGCUAACAUCAUCACAUCUCGAUGUGCAGCCUUGUUGCGUCUGUAUUCGCAAGCCGCGGCGGCAGAUCAAGUUUGUGAGCAGAUGGUUGACGAGGUUUGUGCUUCGGUCAUGUACUACAUUGGUCGAUUGAAGAUCGAUAAUGAUGAAAGCGAAGACUCGAACGACGAUGAGGAUGAUGAGGAUGAUAUGCAAAGGAAGACAACAGGCCCCGUCGAGGAAAAGUAUGCUAUUGCCGCUAUUGGCGCAAUGCUGUUGUUGCCCAAGUUGAGAUGGAUUCUGCAGGCGGAGCCAUCGCUACGACCGAAGCAGAAGUCGUGCUUGGAGUUGAAUGUCAAGAAGAUAUUACGUUUCUAUCAGAUCCAUGGGGUAGAGAAUGCGGAUAUACCGGACGAAGAGUCAUUCGAUAUAUUAUGA